AUGGGUGCCCGGUUGCCCGCUGCCCUGCUGCACUGGCAGGGGAAGCGGGCUCUGCCCUGGGCCAUGCUCCUGCUUCUUGUUCCAGGAACUCCAUGCUCCUGCUGGAGUUCCCACAGAGAAAGGGAGAAUGAUGACCAAAACGUCAUGGAAAGUUAUUUUCCUGCUACUGUGGAGUAUGCCUUACACAUGUUCAAUCUGAAGAGCAAGGACAUGAAUGCCUACAGGCUGGUUCGGAUCCGGAGUUCUAGGAGGGAGCAGGUAGAGACCAUGUUGGCAUUCUCCAUGGAGCUGGAACUUCGUAGAACUAAGUGUGGGAAAUUUGAUGAAGACAUUGACAACUGCUCCUUUCAAGAAAGCCCAGAGAUGAGCAAUACCUUCACCUGCUUCUUCACCAUCGGCACUGAGCCCUGGAGAACAGUGUUCCAACUCCUGAACAAGACCUGCCUGGAGGGGUUCCACUGA